GCGCUGGCCCACGGUGAGACCCAGCAGCGCGGAGGUUCCAGGGCUCCCCGCCAUGGCUGCGGGAGGGCCUGUCUCGGGGUCUGCGCCCUUCGCCCCCUCCGCGUCCUCGGUGCCGCUGGCUGCGCUCAACAUGCGAGUGCGGCGCCGCCUGUCGCUGUUCCUGAACGUGCAGUCGGUGGUGGCGGCCGACUGGACCGCGCUGGCGGAGGAGCUGGGCUUCGAGUACCUGGAGAUUCGGAACCUGGAGGCAUAUCCUAACCCCACCGGCCGCCUGCUGGACGCCUGGCAGGGCCGCCCCGACGCCUCCGUGAGUCGCCUGCUGGAGCUGCUUGCCAAGCUUGGCCGCCAAGAUGUCCUGGAAGAUCUGGGGCCCAGCAUCGAGGAAGAUUGCCAGAAAUAUAUUCUGAAGCAGCAGCAAGAAGAGUCUGAGAAGCCCUUACAGGUGGCUGCUGUAGACAGCAGUGUCAUACGGACAGGGGAGCUGGCAGGCAUCACCACCCUUGAUGAUCCCCUGGGGCAAGUGCCCGAGCGUUUUGAUGCCUUCAUCUGCUACUGCCCCAGCGACAUCCAGUUUGUGCAGGAGAUGAUCCGGCAGCUGGAACAGACAAACUAUCGGCUGAAGUUGUGUGUGUCUGAUCGUGAUGUCUUGCCUGGCACCUGUGUCUGGUCCAUCGCCAGUGAACUCAUUGAGAAGAGGUGUCGCCGCAUGGUGGUGGUCGUCUCUGAUGAUUACCUGCAAAGCAAGGAAUGUGACUUUCAGACCAAGUUUGCACUCAGCCUCUGUCCAGGUGCCCAUCAGAAGCGGCUGAUCCCCAUCAAGUAUAAGGCAAUGAAGAAGGAGUUCCCCAGCAUCCUGCGGUUCAUCACUGUCUGUGACUAUACCAAUCCCUGCACCAAGUCCUGGUUCUGGAUCCGCCUCGCCAAAGCCCUGUCCUUGCCCUGA